AAAUGUGAAUUCGUAUAUAUAUUCGCGUGUUGUCAUUAGCCGGUAUAUAGCAGCAUACAGCUUGUGUAUUGCAAUAGCUCAGCUAUCACAGGCUAUCACAGCAUGAACUCCGCAAUACUCAGCGUGCUGCUCAUAUCACUCAGUGGCCUCUGCCACAGUGCUGACUCAGUGGUGGACGGUACUGAGCUUCUACUGACCUUCCUUAUCCACCGGCAUGGCGACAGGACUCCAAUCGAAUCGUUCCUAGCUCUCAGCACCCACGCUGAAGAACUAGAGGAAGCCUCAGCCAAAUAUGGAUAUGGACAACUAACUGACGUCGGCAAACGCCGUGCCUACCAGCUGGGCCAGUUCAUCAGACGGCGAUAUGAUGAGCUCCUGUCCCCGACCUUCAACAGAUCAGAGAUCUACAUUCGCUCCACUGACUCCACCAGGGCUAAGAUGACAGUGCUGACUGCGUUGGCAGCUGUCUACCCUGCUCCAGAGGACAAUUGGAGCGAAGACAUCAACUGGACUCCGAUCCCCUAUACUACCGUACCUGCUAAAUAUGACUUUAACUUGGCUUCGUUAAACUGUCCGGAAUUCUCAGCAGUUCUCUACUCCGGUUCACCAGCAGCAGUACCUGAAAUGGAUCAGUACGCCAAUGUCCUGGCCGAAUGGUCCAGUAUACUAGGAUACAACAUAUCCACGGAACCACUAAUGACCGCCUACUCUUUGAACGACUUGUACGUCAGUCAGAUCAGUUUAGGAAUCCCCCUGGAUGAUGACAUCGCUGCUAUUUACCCUGAAAUAGGGAAGAUUGCCGGUAUAGCCAUCAAAGCUUUGUACGACCCUGAAGAAGUGAGAGCUCUGACUGGAGGUGUACUCCUGAAACAGUUCUUCACUGUAGCUGAUCAGCUCAUUGCUGGAGAAGAUGUACAGAAAGUCCACAUAUACUCCGCUCAUGAUGUGAACGUGUUUGCCUUGGAGGCAGCUACUAAGGUGGCCAACCCUCAAGGGGUACCCAAAUACGCGUCAGCAUACGCUUUGGAGUUGAGGAAAGUGGUGGAUACUGGAGAUUAUAUUGUCGUGCCAACGUACCUGGCUACUCCCAGCGAAGAUGUGAUCACAUACCUUGACAUCGAGGACUGCGGUCAGAGAUGUGCCUACGAGAGCUUCCGCAGCGUCACCUCUGACAUCGUCAUGGAUGAAGACGAAUGGAGGACGGCAUGUGGCUUCUCUGACGACAUGGUCUUUGAUACCUCAGCAGUUGACUAAACAUGAUGAAACUGAUCGAUCGACUUGCGCUAAAAGACUGAAAUAAUUAAAAAAACUUAAUUGUAAUUUUGUUGUAACUUUCGUGAGACAUACUAAAUUAAUUAUUGUGUUAUCGGCUUACUCUCACGAAAGGCUUAAUUGUAUCGUAACAUUUUAAUACCAUUUUUUUUGUAAUAAAAUUAUUGCAAUUUUUAUUA